CCGAAACGCCAUCGCCCCGUUCCCCCGAAAGGCCGCGCCCUCUUUCCCUGUUUGCCCAGGAAGCGGAAGGGGCGGGGCCAGGCAGGAGAGGCCACGCCCCUGGGGCUCCUUCCGGCGGAAGAGGAGGAGCAGGAGGAAGAGGGCGAUGGCGGCGCUGUAUCCUUCGCUGACGGAGGCCCACCGGCAGUUCGCGCAGGCGCUGCUGGCCCUCGGGGCGGUCGAGGCCGGAGUGGCGCGAGGGAUCCUCCGCCGUUGCUGCGAGAGGCACCGCGUGCACUGCGCCCCCGAGAGGCUGGACGAGUUCGUGGCGGCCCUGAACGCCCGGCUGCAGCCCUUGUCCAUGGAGAUCCGGAAGGGCCUGGCGGAGGAGGACGGCCGCGCCUUCUACGCGAUGGUGAACCUGGCGGAAAACGAAGUCACCAAACUGGCCAGCGACUACUCCGAGAGCGAACUGGAGCUCUUCAAGAAGACGCUGGACCUGAUCCUCUCCUCCGAAAGCGGCUUUGCCCCCUCCACCGCCAUCUUGAACUUGGCUGACCAGGUGAAGCCAAAGAAGAUGAGGAAGACGGAGGCAGAGCAGGUGCUGCAGAGCCUGGUGCAGGGCAAGUGGCUUCAGGAGAGAGAGGGGGAAUACACGCUGACCGUCCGCAGCAUCCUGGAACUGGAGCAGUACAUCCUCUCCCAUUACCCAGAAUCCGCCCGCAAGUGCCACAUCUGCCACAGCCUCUCCAUUCAGAGCCAAGUGUGUGGGGACUGUGGGACUGCCAUGCACCUGCCCUGCCUGGCCAAGUACUUCCACGGACAAGCAGAACCUCGCUGUCCACACUGCAAACAGUUUUGGCCUCAGCAGCUUCCAGGUGAGAGAGCUUGUUUUCUGCCACUCUCUGUUUCCUUUCUCUCUCUUCCACCUCCUUGUUCCUGGCUUCACCCUCAUCUCCUCACUGGGCUGGGCUUGGAGCAGGGACUUGGUCGGCAGUGUUUCCUUUUCCGCCAACGAACCUGCCUUGGCAAAGCAGCAGAGGGUGGGCUGUGA